AUGCUACCGUCUUCGAUGCGUUUAGUAGCGCUGGUCGCAGCUCUGCUUGCACUUGUGGCCGAGGCCAGAGUCAAGAUUGACCCUAGUAAACAUGAUGUUGUCAAGCUCAAUCCUCAAUCGUUCGGCUCUGUUAUCGAGCGUCACAGAGACUGGCAGAUCAGUGCCGUCUUCUUCUACGACGACAGUACUCCUGUUAAGGACUUCAAUAAGGUUAAUGAGGUCGCCCAACAAACCAAGCGUAUGGUUAAAAUGGGUGCCGUAGACUGUGACGAAAACCGUGCCUUGUGCGAACAAAACAACAUCAAGGGUUGCCCCAAGUCAGCCACUUCUGAUGCUUCUCAGUUGGUCAUUUACCCCCGCAACCCCAUACCGCAGUUCAUCUAUGAAGGCAAGCUGGAGGCUCACGACGUCAAGAAGGCCGUCCUGAGAUACCUACCAACCGAGUUGAUCAAAAAGCUGGAUGCUGCCAAUGUUGAUACUUUCCUUACCACUGAUGCUGCCAUGCCCAAGGUUCUGCUGUUCACCGAGAAGGAUUCUCCUCCACCGAUGUUCAAGGCGCUCAGCAACGAGUUCCGCAAGGAGAUGCAGUUCGGUCUGGUGAACGUCAAGAAGCAGCCGGAUCUAGCCAAACGCUUUGGCGUCAAGAAAGCUCCGAAGAUUUUACUGCAACAAGCUGUUGGGAAGAAGCCGGAAGCAUAUAAAGGGGAGGUGUCGUACAUUCCUAUCGCCGACUGGGUCAAUCUGCACAGAGAGACAUUUUCCAGAGGGGGUGGAUUUGAGGAAACUGCGAGACCUGGGUCGGGCAGUGAGACUGAGGCGCCCUCUAGACCCUGGCUUGCACAGGAGAUACCCGAGAUUACGAAGAGAAGCGCUAAGCAUGUUUGUUUCGAUGGUGGAGAGGGCCACUGUGUCAUUUACCUGAAGGAAGGCGGCCCAUUGUCGAAGGAGGAGGAGGAUGGCCUUGUUGAGCUCAGGGACCGAUUCACUUCACAGCUUCACAACCGGGGUGCCAAGCUUCGUUGGGUAUGGCUCGAUGUUUCGAAGGAGCCAGCAUGGGCUGAGAUGUUUGGUAUCAGCAAGUUCCCCAAUGUUGUCGUAUUCAACCCUCAUAAGCGUCUUCGAUUCUGCAAAUUCGAUGAUGAUGACGAAGAGCACACGGGAGAUAAAGAUGGCGUAGAGUAUCUAGUCGAUAAGGUCCUUGGCGGUGAUGGCCGAUUCAAGAUCGUCAAGGGUCAGAAGCUCCCGGAACUUUCGGACAGGGAAGAGGAUGGGGAGAAGGCCCAGUCCGACCGGGAUGAGUUGUAA